AUGGAUCCCAACGAGGCCGGCGGGGGAGAGAAGGAGAAGGAAAAAGAGAAGGAGAAAGUGAUAAAGAGGAGGAACCGGCCUGUGUUCCUGCGUUACCUGGAGAGGAGGAAGACGGACACUAUUGUGGUCCAGGACUCGGCCAAAGGUGACAUCAACCUGGGGACGCUGGUGAGGAGGAGUCAGUCUGACAAGACGGAGUACAGCGCUAAACUUAAAGAGAAAAUGACUCCGCACGAACUGUCGACACCCCCCCCCUCUCCAGCUCUGGACCCAGAGGAGGUCCGUUUGAGGAAGAUGAACCGCAGGUCAAAGGUCAUCCAGGAGCUUGUGCAGACUGAAAAGGAUUACCUCACAGACCUGGAGCUGUGCAUCAGGGAGGUGGUCCAGCCUCUACGAAAUCUGCAGGUUGUAGAUGUAGACAGGUUGUUCACAAACACGGAGACAGUGUGUGAGGUGUCUGCAGCGCUCCUUCACAGACUGCACGCGGCCGUGGCUGAUCCUGAUCCCGAGGCAGUUGUCAUAGGAGAAAUAUUCAUCCAGGCGAAGGCAGCUUUAGAAGAUGUGUAUAAGGUUUACUGUUACCACCACGAUGAUGCCAACAUGUCACUCAAAUCCUAUCAGGAAAAGGAAGAAAUAAAGCAACAUUUCACCACGUGUGUAUUAGCUCUGAAGAAAAUUUACGACGAAGAAGGGAAACCCAACCUGCUGAACAUGGGUUCACUGCUCAUCAAACCGGUCCAGAGGAUCAUGAAGUACCCGUUGCUGCUCGGGGAGCUGUGGCACGCCACGCCUGAAGACCACCCUGACUGUCGGCCACUGCAGGAGGCGUUCACUGCUGCCAAGAUCAUCAACGUCAACAUCAAUGAGUUCAAGAGACGCAAAGAUAUCGUUAUGAAGUACAAGAGGUUGGACGAUGAAGGCACACUGAGGGGAAAGCUAAACAAGUUCAACAUCCACUCUAUCCGGAAGAAAGGCGACAGGUUUGCCGGCUAUCUCAAGAUCCUCACUGGAGUCGAACCUCAGGUGAGAGAUGAAGUAUUUGACCGAGAGGAGAAGAUGUUCAGGAGUCUGGAGAAGGCUGUGAGGCAGCUGGCCAAGAAUGUUCAGUUUUACCUGCUGCACACUCAGGAGAUGGUUUCUGUGGCCGUUCAAAAGAUCCAGGACAUGGAGGACAUGAUCAAGGACACGAACGGCUCAUCGCACACUAAUGGGAAUGACCCCUAUAAGCACUUUAAAGACAGUUUGGAGCGCCUGGUCCUCGCCCCCCUCUCCUCCCUGCAAGGCAUGUUCACAGCCCCACAGAAGCUCAUCCAGAAGCGUUAUGACAAAUUGCUGGAUUACUGCAGCCGCCUGGAGCGCUCGUCUUCUUUUUCAUCCUCAUCCUCAUCCUCCACCACUUCUUCCUCUACUUCACUGGUGUCAGAAGACCCGCCUGGUCCGGCCAGAAGGGACUACGAAGCUAUCAAUGCCCUGCUAGUGGAGGAGCUGCAGAGGUUCAACAAGGCGGCUUAUAAUAUCCUGACCAACUGUGUGUUGUAUCUCGUGGCCCUGCUCACAACGCUGAUGGGUCACAUAUCACUCCGCGCCCCGUCCAUACAGCAGCUCCCGGCUCCAUUGUCAAACAUUGCUGACGUGCAGAACAGCAUCAUGGAUGAGCUGAACAAUCUGACUUUUGUCAACGAUAAUGCUCAGAAGUUGAUGGAGCGUAAAGUUAGCUUCGAAAGACAACGAGACAAGAAAACAACGAUGCCCGAGGUGCAGCAUCAAACCGAGGAACAGCGCGCCUGGCUGCAGGCAGAAUAUCCACUGAGCCGUCUGUACCAGCUGAAGAGGAAGUGCAAUGGCUGCCAAGAGCAGGACCUCAGCCUGCUGGAGGGAGAGCUGGUAGCCCUGCUGGAGGACACGGACCCAUUAGGCAGCAGCAGUCGCUGGCUGGUUCACACUGGAGGUACACAGGGCUACGUGUACUCCACAUUCCUGAAGCAGUACAACCCUCUGAGGGACUCCCAGCGUGCCGCCGGCCAUAUGGCCAAAGAGAAGCAAAGCAACAGCAAGCAGCAGCAGCCGCCUGCCAUGGCGGACGAGGACUUUGACGACCUUAGCCUGUUCGUGUCGGGCAGUGGCGGCAGCAGCAGCCUGCGCAGCUUCAGCCUCAACACCACUGACAGCGGCUCAACCCUCUCUGGACUACAGGGGGAGCCAGAGAGCCCCGAAGACCUGAACGACACUUCGGACACUGAUGCUCAGCAGUUCUAUGCUGUGUAUGCAUUUCAAGCACGCUGUGACCAGGAGCUGACCUUGCAGGAGUACCAGCACGUCCGCAUCAUUCAGUUCUCGGACCUGGGAGGCAAUAAGGAUUGGUGGUUAGCUGAGGCUAAGGGACAGAAGGGAUACGUCCCUGCUAACUACCUUGGCAGGAUGUCCUACGCAUAAAUAGAAGCAAUGCUGUGGCAUUUUAAACAAA